GCUUCAUGGUCGGUCAUGGAACUGCUGCAGUUCACAUGUCUGCUUUUACUUAUCAGCUUGAAAUGUUUGACAGGUUUUGGCCAGCAGUGUGGGGGUAACCAGUGGCAGUGUGAUGAUGGAGCUUGUCUGCCACUUUCCUGGCACUGCGAUGGAAAUGGAGACUGUAUGGACGGCUCUGAUGAAAUGGCCUGCCCCUGUCCUAGGGGCCAGGUUGCCUGCAUGGCCGGGGCUCCUGGUUGUGUAAGUACCUCUGCAGUAUGUGAUGGGCUGCGCCAGUGUUCUGAUGGGUCUGAUGAGUUUAACUGCCCAGAGAACCAGGGCUGUCUGCAGGGGGACUGGAGGUGUAGGAAUAAGAUCUGCAUCCCCAAGGACCUAUACUGUAAUGGUGCUAACGACUGUGUGGACAACUCUGAUGAGGCCUGUGGCCAGUGUGGUCCAAUGGCUGUGCGUUGUCCUGGAGGGGUGUGUCUGACUGAAGAUGAGAGAUGUGAUGGAAAAUUGCAGUGCUCUGAUGGCAGUGAUGAACCCUCUACCUGUGGGAGGACCUGUUCAGAAGAGAACGGUGGCUGCAGUCACUCCUGUGUGGAUAAGCCCUGGGGAGCCCUCUGCUCCUGUCCUAAAGGCCAUAGGCUAUCUGCUCACGGAGCCUCCUGUCUGGAUGUGGAUGAAUGCGCUCUGCCUUACGGUCCAUGCAUGCACUUCUGUGUCAACACACCCGGUUCCUUCUACUGCCACUGCCGAGAUGGCUUCCAGCUUCAAGGAACCACCUACUGCUAUGCUAAAGGAAAUUAUACAAAGUUUCUGACUGCAACGAAGGGAACUAUCGGAUUCCUGAAUCUGAGGACUCUGAGAUUCGAGUCCAUUCAGAGUAUUGGCUAUGAUCCUCUGGCCUUGGCCUUUGACCUCUCCAGGAGCUCAUUCUACUGGGCUGAUGACCAGGGGAACAUCUACAAGGCUAAGGAGCAGCAGCGCAGGAUCCUUUAUCAUGGACAAUAUGGGGUUAGAAGUCUAGUCUGUGAUUGGCUGACAGGCCAGCUGUACUGGACCAACCAAAAGACCGGGUCUAUUCAUGUUGGGGCAGCUGAUGGGAGUGGAUUUGCAACGGUCUUGGCCAAGAACAUAGACCCGUUGGAGCUGGUCCUUCUUCCCAUUGAAAGCUUGUUGUUUUGGAUCAACAAAGGUCCAGGUGAUAAAAUUACUCUGGAGAGAUCUGGGAUGGAUGGGUUAAAGCAGGAAUCUCUGGUGGUCCUCACUGCACAGGCUCCACGGAGUCUGACCCUGGACGUUACAGCUCGGAGGCUGUACUGGAUUAGUGAUUUUAAAAAGUCCAUAGAGACUGUGCGAGUGGAUGGGAGUGGUCGCUACAGCUUUCUGGAGUUCUUUAAGAGGAGACCAGCUCAGAGCCUGGCAGUGUUUGACAGGUGGUUCUACUGGACAGAUCAGAAGGGUCUGUGGCGCUCCCCUCAGGACCGACCUAAUCAGAAGACCUUUAUUCAGAGGACAACACUCCCUGUCCUAGAGGCAUACCAUGAACAACAGCAGCCAAAAGCUCCAUCAGCCUGUGUAAAGUCUGGCUGCCAGCUCUGCAUGCUGACUCUGGACCUGCCUGCUGGGUUCACCUGUACCUGUCCUGAUGACAAACUGCUCAUGGCAGAUGGCUCAUGUGAAUAUCCCAAGUUUGCUUAUGCAACAUCCACAACACUGAACCUGUUUGAGUUGAAAGGGAAUGAGCUGAUCAAGACAAAACUGCUUACUACAGAUGAUGUCAUGGAGUCUUUUGACAUCGACUGGAGGGGGGACUGGGUCUACUGGGCGAACAGCACUGGUCAUGUAAUGCGCUGGAACCUCAAUACCGGCCAAACAGAGACUGUCCCUACGCUGAGACCAGCCUGCGUGGUGGCAGUAGACCAGAAGAUGAGAAAUCUGUACUGGCUGUCAUGUGAUGAAGUCUGUGUUGGCGUCACUAACAUGGAUCAGGGUUACCCACGGAGACUGUACCAGUCAGGCAGUGAGGUAAGAGAUGUUUAUCUGGACUGGCAGCGGGGGAGGCUGUACUUGCUGGAGGCUGGCUGGAUCCUAUCCAUGAGACUGCCAGGAGGAAACCCUAGGAAAGUCCUGAGAGUGGAGGAACACAUCGCUGGGCGCAUUGUUUUGGACCUACAAUCUAACACACUGCUCUGGAACACAGAGGGGGACGAUCUGAAGAUCAUGAGUCUGUUGAAGUCCCAGACUCACCUGGCAGGCAGAGAGUGGAAUGUCCCUGGUUCCAUCAUGGCCGCUCACUCUCCGCUCCUGGUGUCGCUGUUUAAUGAUGUCAUCACUGUGUGGGACCGGCGGGACAGGAUGCGUGUCCACGAUGUCCCUGUCGGACCAGGCGUUGUCAGGGUGAUCGUGGCUCUGGAUGUAAAGGACGUGCCUCCUGCUCAGCCAGUCUGCACCAGUCCAUCAGUGAUGUGUCGGGGCUCAACUUUGUGCAUCUCCCAAACUCAGCUUUGUGACACAUUGAAAGACUGCCCUGAUGGUUUUGAUGAGGAGUCCUGCAUUACUAAAUGUCCAAACCGAGGUGAGUUCCGGUGUAAGGAUAGGAGGAAAUGUAUUGAGAGGAGUCUGGUUUGUGAUGGACGCGCUCAUUGCCAUGAUGGCUCAGAUGAGAUUGGCUGUCCAACGAUAGCUGCUCCAACAUCCCAAACUGCACCCCUGAAGUGCCGUAUGGGUUCUAGACUGUGCAAGGAUGGGAGAGAGUGUGUCCUGCAUAGCCAUGUUUGUGAUGGAGAGGUGGACUGUAAGGAUGGAUCAGAUGAACAGGACUGUGAGCUCCUCUGCAAAGCAGGUCAGUUCCAGUGUGCUCAUGGCAAGAAGUGUAUCGACCAGCAGCAGGUGUGUGAUGGGAAGGCACAGUGCCAGGACCGUUCUGAUGAAAUGGACUGCUUCAAGCCCACCAAGAGCUGCAGGCAUCGCUGUGACAAUGGCCACUGUAUCCCAGAAACCUUCCUCUGUGAUGGAGAGAGAGACUGUUCGGACGGCUCUGAUGAGGAAGGCUGUGAUUCUAACAAGGCCAUUCCUCCUAUCCUGCCAACAACUCUGGCUCAGACCUGUACUAGUCCAUCAGUGAUGUGUCGGGGCUCAACUUUGUGCAUCUCCCAAACUCAGCUGUGUGACACAUUGAGAGACUGCCCUGAUGGUUUUGAUGAGGAGUCCUGCAUUACUAAAUGUCCAAACCGAGGUGAGUUCCGGUGUAAGGACAGGAGGAAAUGUAUUGAGAGGAGUCUGGUUUGUGAUGGACGCGCUCAUUGCCAUGAUGGCUCAGAUGAGAUUGGCUGUCCAACGAUAGCUGCUCCAACAUCCCAAACUGCGCCCCUGAAGUGCCGUAUGGGUUCCAGACUGUGCAAGGAUGGGAGAGAGUGUGUCCUGCAUAGCCAUGUUUGUGAUGGAGAGGUGGACUGUAAGGAUGGAUCAGAUGAACAGGACUGUGGUGAAUCUCCAGUUCCACUUACUACAGCUUAUUUGGCUCCAACUACAACCAUUCCAGAUAUUCUUCCUGCUCAGCCAGUCUGUACCAGUCCAUCAGUGAGGUGUCGGGGCUCAACUUUGUGCAUCUCCCAAACUCAGCUGUGUGACACAUUGAGAGACUGCCCUGAUGGUUUUGAUGAGGAGUCCUGCAUAACUAAAUGUCCAAACCGAGGUGAGUUCCGGUGUAAGGACAGGAGGAAAUGUAUUGAGAGGAGUCUGGUUUGUGAUGGACGCGCUCAUUGCCAUGAUGGCUCAGAUGAGAUUGGCUGUCCAACGAUAGCUGCUCCAACAUCCCAAACUGCGCCCCUGAAGUGCCGUAUGGGUUCCAGACUGUGCAAGGAUGGGAGAGAGUGUGUCCUGCAUAGCCAUGUUUGUGAUGGAGAGGUGGACUGUAAGGAUGGAUCAGAUGAACAGGACUGUGAGCUCCUCUGCAAAGCAGGUCAGUUCCAGUGUGCUCAUGGGAAGAAGUGUAUCGACCAGCAGCAGGUGUGUGAUGGGAAGGCCCAGUGCCAGGACCGUUCUGAUGAAAUGGACUGCUUCAAGCCCACCAAGAGCUGCAGUCAUCGCUGUGACAACAAUGGCCGCUGUGUCCCAGAAACCUUCAUUUGUGAUGGAGAGAGAGACUGUGUGGACGGCUCUGAUGAGCAAGACUGUGUGGCAAUUAUUUGUGGCCAGCAGCAGUAUCAGUGCAGUAAUGGUCAGUGUGUGUCUGAGGCUCUCCGUUGUGACGGCCAUGCUGACUGCGGAGACCAUUCUGACGAGGUGGGCUGUGCCAAACCCCCCCACUGUCCCCCGGAGCUCCGCUGCCCAAACAGCCACGAAUGUCUUGUGGAGGAAUGGCUGUGUGAUGGGGAACAGGACUGCCAGGACGGUUCAGAUGAGAUGAACUGUAAGGUGUCUCCAGUGACGUGUGGGGAGUUCCAGUGGAGCUGUGUCUCUAAGACCCAGUGUAUCCCUGCAACCUGGAGGUGUGAUGGACAGAAAGACUGUGAGGACUACAGUGACGAGGCCGGAUGUGACCAGUUGAAGUGCUCCAACCAGCUUUACCAGUGUGGUAGUGGAGAGUGUGUGGACCAUUCCCUGCUCUGUGACCAAAUCAUCAACUGUCCUGAUGGAUCUGACGAGGGGCACGGUUGUUCCACCAAUAACUGCUCCAGCCCUGGGACCCCCCAAUGUGACCAGCACUGUCUCAGCACCCCUUACGGACCGAGGUGCAUCUGUGCUGCAGGCUUCCGGCUCCAGGCUAACGGUUUGUCCUGUGUGGAUGUUGACGAGUGUAAUGAGGUCCUACCACCUGUCUGCAGCCACACCUGCCUUAACACCCGCAGCUCCUUCCUGUGUCGCUGUCACCAUGGAUAUCUGCUGGAACCAAAUGGUCACAGCUGCAAGACCCAAGAUGAGGCUCACCUGCUGGCAUCUGUUCAGAAUAAGCUGCUGGUGUUGGGGUUGCAUAGCUCCAGCCUUUCAUUGCUCUCCACUAGUCAGACACCUGUGUUCUGUGUGGAUUAUGACUGGAGAGACCAGAGGGUAUACUGGGUCAGUCUGGAGGAGGAGAGCAUCAAGUGGACUUCCAUCAACACCGAGAACACAGGCACGCUGGUCAAAGGUGUGAAGUCUGAGUCUAUAGCUGUGGACUGGGUUGGCAGGAACCUGUACUGGCUGGAUGGGCUGGCCAGUCAGAUUCUGGCUGUGAGGCUGGGCACAUCUACAGUAAAGUCUCAGAACUACAUAGUGGUUCUGGAUGAGGAUCUGGAGCAGCCUCGCUCACUACUGCUGCUGCCACACAAAGGGUUGAUGUAUUGGUCAGAGGUUGGUAGCAAUCCCCAGAUAGAGCGGUCAGGGAUGGAUGGCUCUGAGAGGAAGGUGGUGUUGACUCGUGGUCUCAGCUGGCCAGUCUCUCUCUCUGUGGACACUCUCACUGACCGAAUCUACUGGGCAGAUGAAAAACUGCAGUGCAUCGGCUCUGUAUCCCUGGAAGGACACAAUGUCAGGCUUCUGCAGCUGACUGAAAUGCCCAGUCCAUUCUCUGUAAUGGUUUUCAAUGACAUGGUAUACUGGUCUGACACCAAGAGGAGAACUAUUCAAGUAUCCCACAAGAACACGGGCAAGAACCGCAAAGUUUUACUCAAAAGACCUGGACAGCCUUUUGGCAUCAGGAUUAUGCACCCCCUCCGGCAGACCAACGUGUCCAGCCCCUGUGAGAAGCUCCAGUGUUCCCACAUCUGUCUCUUGGCUCCAGGACUGUCUACAGGCCCCAGGGCUGGGUCUAUGGGACCCAAAGCUGUGUGUAGAUGUGCAGCAGGGCUUCUCCUGGCUGGGGACGGCCUCACCUGCUCCACCCUUGUAGACACCACCUUCCUCUUGCUCCUCUCUCCUACUGCAGUUACACAGAUAUACCUUAGCACCAUCCAUAAUGGUGUGGGGUUGAAGCGGUUGCCUGAGCACCAUAUAUGGUCUCUGCCGUGGGUGCACCAGGCCUCGGGGCUGGAUUUGGCUGUACAGGAGAGGAAUUUAUACCUGGCUGAUGCUGCCCAGGGCUCAGUCGAUCUCCUGAAACUGAGUAGCUCAGGCCUGACACCAGACAGCAGAGUCCUGAAUCUCCAGGAUGAUACAGUGAUGGCUCUGGCUGUGGACUGGGUCACACUUAACUUGUACUGGAGCAGCAGGAAGCAGCCUGAUCUACAUGUCACCUCCACCAGGGGGCAGCACACCGCACCUCUACUCCAGCUAGGCCUUCAGGGAACCACCUCCAUUGCCCUGCACCCCCCCACAGGACGCCUGUGCUUCACGGCCUUGGGCCAGGUGAAUGUGAGGAGCCUGCCGCAGGUGGACUGUGCCUUCAUGGAUGGACGUAGUCAGAAGCUGCUCUGGAGGAAGGCUGUGAUGCCAACCUCCCUUCUGUUCUCCAACAACGGCACUCAGCUGUAUUGGGCUGACAUAGGUGCUGGAGUGAUCGACUCCAUUCUUCUGGAUGGUUCUGGAUAUAAACAGUUUAAAGCAGAUCCCGGCCUCAUGUCCUUCACACUGGCUGAGAACGUCCUCCUGUGGAGCAGCCUGGAUAAAGGUGUGACUAGAAUCUGGUUCAGUGAUGGAUUUCAGCCCAAGCAGCUGUGGUUUGAGGUCAAUACCAAUGUAGUGGCACUGAGGGUUUACAGCAAGACCAGUCAGAAAGGAACAAACAGCUGCUCAGAGCGGAACGGAGGCUGCAGUCAGCUGUGCCUGGCCUACCCAGGGGGGCGUAGCUGCCGAUGUGGACGUGGUUACCAACCUGUCGACACCAAAACUUGUAGCCCCUUCCCCUCCCUCCAGUGUCCAGAGGGCAGCAGGGCCUGUAGCGACGGCAGCAGGUGCCUCCCCCUCAAUAAGUUCUGUAACCACCAAACCGACUGCCUCGACCAUUCAGACGAGAUCAAAUGUGAGUAACCCCAACCCCGUCUGCCCUGCCUCACAUAAAGAAUUAGUGAAUUGACUACCCCUGACUCACCCAUAGAAAUGCAGUGAAAAGACUGUACACCUAACUCGCCCAUAGAAAUUAAGUGAACAGAUUAUACCCCCUGACUCACAUAGAAAUAGACUGUCCAGGUUGGCUGACAAAUUCACAAAAAUGAUGCUCGAAUCGAUGUGGCCGAAAGGUGUGCGUUAUGGGUUCAGAUAGCUAGUAACAAUGACAAGAAGCUGCUCAUUGCAUCUUAUUUUCUGGUGUUUUCACUGAUGUCCGAUCUAUGCUAAUAUGGAGAGAAAGUUAUAGAUAGCUAACCAACAAUAGUAACAAUGUAUUUAAGAUCUCAUUAUGCCUUCAUAACAAUGGAGCUGUUCUAUUAAUCACCCAUAUCGUGUGUGAGCUCCGUUGUGUUCAGUAUCAGCAGGAAUGAGACACUACACCACUACAUGACAACUUGUUUGGUUAGAAUUACAGCUCUGGUUUGCUGCUUUGUAAUUACAUGCACAAUACAACACUUCAUCUUACUUUCAACAUCAAUUUGA